CCCAGCCCGGCCCCUCAACGGCAUCGGCGUCGGAACCACCGCUCUUCCGAGCGCUUCGGAAAACAAAGGAGGCGACAAAUCAAGUAAAUACGCCACACACACCCAUACACAGGUGAGCAGAGGAGAGGAGAACGGCGGUUUGCACCAUGGCUCUGAAUUCGGACAGCACGCAGCCCAGCCUGGACCCCAGCAUGGUCUCCGCCGGACAGGUGGAGGAGCCGCCGCAAGCGGACCGUGUGGCUGACGCGGAGCAGUCGACCGAGGGCGCUCCCGUUACCUCUCAGCCAGGGACGGAGGAGCAGCAGGGUCCUCCCGCCCCUGCUUCCGAGUCCGCUCCCAGCUCGGAGCCUUGGGCCCCCCGGGCGGCGCAGACCCCUCAGCAGGAGGCUCUUCUCAAAGAGGAGGUGCUCGUAGUCGACGAGAGGAAGAUGGAGAACGGCAACGGUUUUUGCCACGUGCCUGCGGACACCACUCCCCCCUCCUCCCUGUCCUCCCCACCUCGGAACCAGAACGCUAAACACAACAGCCAUCAUCCCAACCAUCACGCCAACGGCAGAGCUCGGGUGGGCAGCCGGUCUGGGUCGCUGGGCCACGUGACGGCUUCCCCGCGGCCGUCUCUGUCUCGCCAACCCAGCAUUGCCACCAAUGGGACGGGGGAUGGGGGUAAACCUAGGGACUACCUCAUACUGGCCAUCCUGGCCUGCUUCUGCCCCGUGUGGCCCAUCAACAUAGUGGGAUUUGCUUACUCUGUCAUGAAAAGUCUAGGCACAGCCUGCAGGACGGCAAUGUGGACGGGGCUCGACGUUUGGGCCGCGUGGCCAAGCUACUGUCCGUGGUGUCGUUGGUGGGAGGGGUCCUCAUCAUCGCUGCCUUCAUCAUCAACUGGGGAAUCAUAUUAAAGUCCUGAACGUGGCUCCGACACAGGCCAAGCCGCCCAACAGCUCGAACAAUCAGAGUAUUUCCCAUCUCUCAAAAUCGAAACUUCGCAAAAUACUUUCUUAUUGGCUAUACGUUCAUUUUCCGGGCAUGAAUUGACAAAGUGUAAAACCACCAAUACCUCACUUUCGUCAGCGUUCCUCCUUAUCUCCUCGUAAGAAUCCACGAUCCACGUCAAGACGAUUUUCGUGGAGUCCUCGGGAUUUAGACCAAAAGGAGAGUUCACCUCUUAUCAGUUGAGUUCUUUCAGUUAAUACCAGAACCUUCUCGCAUGUUACCGCGAUCGCCGAGAUCGCUGGUGGCGUGAUGAGGAUUGAAUGCGAGACACGUUUUACUUACGGUCUAACUGGGGAAGGACUUGAGUUUUCCUCUCGUGAUCAUUUCCUCGCCUACAAUGUCUACAAGGACUUCUGAUCUCUUUGUAUGUACAAGUUUACCGCUUCCAAGGAGCCACCUUGGAGGACCCACCUUGUGCCAAACUUGCGCAUCGCUCUGAGGAAUUGUCGAGAGUAAGGGUGAUCGUGGAAGUUGUGUGCCAUGUAAAAAAGAAAGGAAGUGCAGUUUUUCAUUAACGGAAUACACACCUGCGACAUGUUCAAUUGGAGUAUCGUCAGUUAGCCCCGUGCUGAUGCGGGAAACUAAAUUAUUCCUGUAUCUAAAAUGCCAGAAUAAUGGGUUAUAUUUAACAAUGCACUUUUAAUUAGCGAUUAAUACACUAUUUUUAAGAUGGGUCCUGAUCGUCUCACUGAUUUCCAGUGUAACCAUUAAGGUUAAACUAUGUGGCAAAGUUCUUUUACGAUCACGUUGAAAGAAAAAUUUCAGUAUUCAAUAUUUCUGUCUGCGAUGUAAAAAUAGACAAGGUAGGUAGGAGUGAGCGUUUGUUUUGGGGUUUUUUGUUGGCCCUGUUUAUUUCUCAGCCCGAAUUCCCAGCAAAGCUGGGCGCACAAAGCGAGGAAUAGGAGGAACAGCACAUUCUGUAGACGGCACAUCAUGGCAACACCGGCACAGCAGCUGAACAAAUGGAAGCGCGUGAACGUGGCGGCCGAGGCCCACCUGACCCCGAAAUCAACGUGCGCUUUCCGAAGGGACGGAAGGAAAGGGUCACGCAAAGGGGACGCUGGAGUAAAGGCAAAAUGUUUAGUACGACUCAGACAAAACACAGCUGAUAUUGAAGACGAGCGUGAAAUAUUGACAAGGAUAUCCUGAAGAUGCAGGAAGACCAGUAGAGAAAAUCAUGCGAAAAAGAUUCCGAUUAUUUUAUGGGCUGUUUUCCCCAAGAUUGCAACAUCGGAAAAGAAGAAAACCAGGUAAAUCUGGUCAAACUCUAACCCAGUAAUGACAGUACAAGGUAUUUUCUUAUUAUGUUGUCACUUGAUCAUAUUAGUGGAUUGACUGGUGUAAUUUAUCGAUUACAAACGAACAAGAAUGUCAAGGAACCCCUGUAUCAUGCACGCGUGUACUUUACGUAAUGUGACAUUUGAAGUAGCUAGAAAUCACAGAGGUUGUGUGAAGCGACCGCUGCCGAUAGUGAGUCUCUUUAUUAAGUGGUGAAUUGUUUACAAUAUAUUAGUGCUUUUCAGCAGUGUGUAUCGUCAAUGGAUGUCUUCACUGCGACAGUAAAACACAACUUGUGGUACCUUUUUAAACGAUCACGUUUCUAGCUGAUAAUACGACUGCCAGGUUGCCGCGGUGACAGACACGGGACACGCGUGUUCCACGGUACUCUUCGGUGAGAGAUGAUCCGAACAUGUUUACAAGAACUCACUCGACCUUAAAACUGCCAAAAUGAUAUUUCGUUUAACUUUUAUCGACAUUAUUUGUAUUUUCUUCCUCUGCAAGAGUCAGAACUCUUCUUCUUUUGCAGAUGCUUGCAGGAAAUGAUCUUGAUGGGAUACGAAUGUUUUUCUUAUUGUGGAAAAUACCGAGGACUUUGACUCCCAGAUGUCCGUUUGGAAUUAAUAGGUACACGUGGAAACACAUAAGGGAAUACAUUUUUUUUGUAGGAAUUUCUGUUAUUCUCCCAGUUAUAAAGUCCUCCUUGUGGGUAGUAUUAGUGACACUGAAGUGUUUGGAACUGCUGUGCAAUGUUCGCUGCGUCAUAUAAAAUGUAAAAAUCGUCAAUUUCUUUUUACGUUACUUCAUUUUUCUUACUCGU